UAGACUCUACUUCAAGUCGCAGUUUUGUUUACAUUUUUGUUUUGUUUUUGUGGCAUGGCUGCAGAGAAAGCGGCGCCGGAGCUGUUGGCGCUGCAACCACAAGGGAAUUUUCCGCCGGAUUGCAUUAUCCAACGUUGUGCCGCCAAGGAACUGACAUACAACGAAUUCUACUGGCGUUACAUGCACGCCAACUGGCCGGUUAUUAUAACAGAUGUCUCCAACAGUUGGGAGUGCCGGAAUUGGGCGCAGGCCGGCAAAGAGAAGGACAACGCAAAUGCAAACAUUAGCCCAAGUUUAACUGGUCAGCAGGAUCUGAUUGAUUUCGACUACCUCAAGAGCCGCAUUGGCAACUUCGAUGUUCCCGUCGCCGACUGCAAUGCGACAUAUUUCAACAGUCAUGCCAAACUGGAGCUGAAGUUCCACGAAUAUCUCGACCGAUGGCAACGUGGAAGUGGCAUGGAAGUGAAAGUGGAAACAAACUGCAAUGUGGCCAAGGACAAUCUCUACCUCAAGGACUGGCAUCUGGCUGCCCAGUUGCCCACGUACGAGUUCUACCAAGUGCCCAAGUACUUUGCCUCGGAUUGGCUGAAUGAGCAGCUAAUCCAGGAGAAUCGCGACGAUUAUCGGUUCGUUUACAUGGGACCCAAGGACUCCUGGACCUCCUUCCACUCGGAUGUGUUUGGCUCCUUCAGCUGGUCCACCAACAUUGUGGGCCACAAGAAGUGGCUCAUAAUGCCGCCCGGCGAGGAACUCAAGCUGUCUGAUCGACUGGGAAACCUACCAUUUAGCAUAGAUGAAACGCAACUGGAAGAGCACAACGUGCGCUACUUUACCAUCAAUCAGACGGCCAAUGAGGCGGUGUUUGUGCCCAGCGGAUGGUACCACCAGGUGUGGAAUGUGACGGACACCAUCUCGGUGAAUCACAAUUGGUUCAAUGCCUGCAACGUGUCGCGUGUGUGGCGCAAUUUACUGAGCAACCUGGAGGCUGUGUGCAAUGAGAUUGCCGACUGUCAACAAAUGGACAACUUUGAGGCACACUGCCAGACCAUGUUGCGAGCCAGUUUUGGCAUCAACUACCUCGAUUUUAUAGAGCUUUUGGAAUUCAUAGCCGCCCGCCGAUUAGCCGCACUCAAAGACCAAACACCUAGCACCAGCUUUUUACUUUUUGAUAGAUAUCAAAUGAACGAAUAUCAUCUGCAAUCCGAUCUCGAGUGCGUCCGUCGGCUCCUAGCCAACAUGCUGCAGGAGUCGAGUGUGCUUCAGUGUCCCGCCCAGCUUCACGAACGUUGCAGUCGCCUUUGGCAACAGCUACAGCAGGAGAGGAUGUAGGAGAAGCAGUCUUAGUCAUAGCAUAUGCAAGAACUGGCAUAUUUUUAUACCAAAGUUGUAUUUAUAUACAAUAGUCGUAGUAUUUUAUUAUGUACAUACACAUGAUUAUGUAUUGUUAAGUACUGUAAUGUAAUGUAUACAUAUUUAGCUAAA